GUGGCAUUUCUACCCUUAAGACUCUCUCAAUUAAACAUAUGCCGGAAUUGAGAGAAAGGGUAUCACCAUCAGGACCGGAUUUCUACAAAGUACGUCAUGUCCCUUUAAUUAUCAUCAAGGAAUAGUCUUCACCAGGUUGAGCAUUGAUUCUUUGGAGGAUAACUGAUUAUCACUACCACUUUUGGUGCUCAAUGAAAACAGCAUCUUACCUUUCUCUAAAGGAGGCAGUGGUGUCGACUGCUCUAGAAACCAUCCGUGAUUUGCUAUUGGAAGAGGGAAGGUUUUUAGCUGGUGUGGCCGAUCAAGUUAAGGAGCUCGAGCGGCAGUUCAAAGAGAUGAAGUGUUUCCUCAAAGACACUGACAAACGACGACAUGAAAGCAGAACCAUCUCCAAUUGGAUCUCGGAGAUCAGAGAUCUGGUCUACAGAUCCGAAUCCGCCAUUGAAAGACACGCAGCUUAUCAAGUUUCUUCUUCAAGGAGAAGAGGCCUCAGGCAGUUAGUCCGCAACUAUUCCUGCAUUUUGAAAGAUUGCAACUCACUCCACCAAUUAGGCUCCGAGAUUUCACAAAUUACAUCAAACCUCGAGAGGAUAAGCAAGGCUAUGCAAGAAAACGGCAUAAAAAGAAGCAUAAUCAUGAAUCCAAAUGGAAAGGGGGAAAGCUCGGGUGGAAACAACAUGUCAAGGAAGACUUUCCCCUAUUUGGAGAUGGGAGAUUGCUUCGUAGGCAUGGAGGAUGAGCUGAAGCAGCUUGUUCAUCACCUAAGGAAAGAUACAGAGCAUCGAAUUAUUUCAGUGUGGGGAAUGGGAGGGUCAGGCAAGACAGCAAUUGCCAAGAAGCUCUACAACGAGACAACCGACUUUGAUCUGUCGGCGUGGGUUUGCAUUACUCAGCAAUGUGAUAGUCGAUCAGUUUUGGAGGAUGUUCUGAGGCAGCUAGAGAAGAAGAGGAGUGUUUCAAGUCUGAGCCAUGAGCCACGAAUAAGGGAGGAGGUUCCAAGUCUGAGCAACUUUGAGUUGAUCGAGAGACUAUGUGAGAUACAAAGAGGGAAGCGAUGUCUCAUUGUUUUGGAUGAUCUUUGGGAGCUUGAUCAUUGGCAUGAGUUGAAGCAUCCAUUCGUUGUCCAAAAUUUGCAGACCAAAAUAUUGGUGACAACACGAAAACAAAAUGUUGCAGAGAUUGGAUUGGCAGUGAAACAUGGGCUUUUACAUAUGGAUGCUGCUUUGGAACUACUCAAAUACAAAGCAUUUCAGCAUGGAAACAUUCCCGACUUUGCAUUGGAAGAAAGAUUUGAAAUUAUUGUGAAAGAUAUGGUACAAAAAUGUGGUUAUUUGCCAUUGGCAAUUUCUUUACUCGGUGGGGUUUUGCGAGAGAAAAAAUCAAUUGUUGAGUGGGAAUCAGUAAAUGAGCAUAUCAAAGCAGCCAUAUAUGGAGAUGAAAAACAGAUCGAUGGAGUGCUAAAUUUAAGCUAUGAAAGUUUACCCUAUUAUUUGAAGCCUUGCUUUCUCUAUAUGGGUAUUUUCGAGGAGGAUGAAACCAUAUAUGCUUUGGAUCUAUAUAACAUGUGGAUAGCACAAGGCAUGAUUUCAUAUGAGAAUCUUGGAGACAAGGAGGACACUUUAAUGGAUAUCGCUGAGUUAUACUUAAAGUGGGGAAAGAGGGAGGAUUUUGCGUGCUGA